AUGGCUGCUGCUAGAACGCUUCGCAUAGGUCUCAUUCCCGGAGAUGGCAUUGGACGGGAGGUCAUUCCGGCCGGUCGCCGAGUUCUUGAGGCUCUGCCUGCCUCGUUGAACCUCAAGUUCAGCUUUGUGGACCUUGAUGCCGGCUUUGAGACCUUCAAGCGCACCGGUAGCGCUCUUCCUGACAAGACCGUCGAGAUCCUCAAGAAGGAGUGUGAUGGUGCUCUCUUUGGGGCUGUCAGCUCCCCUAGCACCAAGGUCGCCGGCUACUCCUCUCCGAUUGUCGCUCUGCGCAAGAAGCUCGACCUCUACGCCAACGUUCGUCCUGUGAAGACCACUGCCGGACACAGCACGGGCAAGCCCAUUGACAUGGUUAUUGUGCGUGAGAACACUGAAGAUCUCUACGUCAAGGAGGAGCGCACCGAGGAAACUCCCAAUGGCAAGGUCGCCGAGGCGAUUAAGCGCAUUUCUGAGAAGGCCUCUUCUCGCAUUUCCACUAUUGCCGGUGAGAUUGCUCUGCGUCGCCAGAAGAUCCGUGAUGUCGCUCCUGGCUCCAGCUUCCGGACCUCGCCCAUGGUCACCAUCACCCACAAGUCCAACGUUCUCUCCCAGACAGACGGAUUGUUCCGCGAGACCGCUCGCAAGGCUCUGGCCGCUGAGCGCUUCUCGUCCGUCGAGGUUGAGGAGCAGAUUGUCGACUCGAUGGUGUACAAGCUUUUCCGUCAGCCUGAAUACUACGACGUGAUUGUCGCUCCCAACCUUUACGGUGACAUUCUCUCCGACGGUGCUGCUGCCCUGGUCGGAAGCUUGGGUCUCGUCCCCAGCGCCAACGUCGGUGACGGAUUUGCCAUCGGUGAGCCUUGCCACGGCUCUGCCCCCGACAUUGAGGGCAAGGGCAUUGCCAACCCCAUCGCUACCCUCCGCAGCGUUGCUCUCAUGCUGGAGUUCCUCGGCGAGGAGCAGGCCGCUGCCAAGAUCUACACCGCGGUCGAUGCCAACCUCGAUGAGGCGCGUUUCCUGUCCCCCGACCUUGGUGGCAAGGCUACCACCCAGCAAGUUCUCGACGAUGUUCUUAAGAGACUGUAA